CCUCGCAGCUCAGAGAGAGCCCUGAGAGCCCAUAAGAGCAACUAUUAGAGCAGAGAGAGCGAUAGACACACACAUAGAACUCCCGAUGAGAGAAAUAUCACACGAAACAGUAAAAAGUCAAUUCAAAACAACAUCCAUCCAAGAUUGGAUAAAUAAUUUACAACUAAAAAUCAAAAUUGAUCUGAUGAUUAAUUUUGAUUGAUCUUAGGGAAUGAGUUAAAGAGACAAAUUAGAUUUUCUUUUUAACUGAAAAAGACAAGUGGAUUUUUUCUCAUCUCUGAGAGGAAAAGGAAAACAACAGGACAACUGGAGAGCAACUGUCAGGAAGGCAGAAAACAAGUGUCUUCCACCACGGCAUCAGCAGAAGUGUUGAGCGCUCCCUGAGCCACCUGCGAGGCUCUGCUCUGUCAGCGCACGCCCAGCCUCCUCCAGUCUGCACCAGCCGCCAGCGCAGCUCCAGCCCUGCAGCUUCAGCACCAGCAGAGGAUGGCUGCAGCCAAGACCGAGAUGAUCCUCCCAGCUCUGCAGAUCUCCGAGCCCCUGAGCUUUCCUCACUCCCCACUGGAUAACUACCCCAAGCUGGAGGAGGUGAUGAUGCUCAGCUCUGCAGGAACCCCCUUCCUCACUGCCUCCGCACCCGAAGGUGCAGGCUUUGGCUCCGGGGAGCCAGGAGAGCAGUAUGACCACCUUGCUGGAGAUACGUUACCUGAUAUCACUUUCAACUGUGAGAAGCCAGUUGGGGAGCAGACAUUCUCCACCCAGAGGCUGCCCCCAUUAUCCUACACUGGCCGCUUCACCCUUGAACCUGCCACCACCUGCAGUAACAGCCUCUGGGCAGAACCUAUCUUGGGUCUGUUCAGUAAUCUGAUGGGCAGCGUUGCCCCCAGCUCCAGCUCUGCCUCCACUGCCUCACAGACCAGCCUGUCCUCCUCUGCAUCUGUCCCAUCCUCCACUUCCUCCUCUUCUUCCUCCUCAUCUCAGAGCUCCAGUCUCAGCUCCUCAAUUCACCACAGUGAGCCCAACCCAAUCUACUCGGCCGCUCCAACCUACUCCAGCUCCAACUCUGACAUCUUCCCAGACCAGAGCCAGGCUUUUCCCACUUCGACUGGAGGGAUGCAGUACCCACCCCCAGCCUACCCCAACGGAAAGACCUGCAACACAAGUUUCCCCGUGCCCAUGAUUCCUGACUAUCUCUUCCCCCAGCAGCAGGGCGAGAUCAGCCUGGUGCCCCCUGACCAAAAGCCCUUCCAGAGUCAGUCAAGCCAGCCUUCUCUUACUCCCCUGUCCACCAUCAAGGCCUUUGCCACCCAGACGGGUUCCCAGGACUUAAAAAGUGUCUACCAGUCCCAGCUGAUUAAACCCAGCCGCAUGCGCAAGUACCCCACCAGGCCAAGCAAGACACCCCCACACGAAAGGCCGUAUGCUUGCCCUGUGGAGACUUGCGACCGUCGCUUCUCGCGGUCCGAUGAGCUGACACGUCACAUCCGCAUCCACACAGGUCAAAAACCCUUCCAGUGCCGCAUCUGCAUGCGUAACUUCAGUCGCAGCGACCACUUGACAACGCACAUCCGCACUCACACUGGGGAGAAGCCCUUCGCCUGUGAAAUCUGCGGACGCAAGUUUGCCCGCAGUGACGAGAGGAAAAGACACACAAAGAUCCAUCUACGGCAGAAGGACAAGAAAGCAGAAAAGACAGGAGCUACGGUGGUGACAGCAGCGCCUGUAUCAGCUGCCUCACCUGCCUCCAGCUACCCGUCUCCAAUCACUUCCUACCCCUCUCCAGUUUCUUCUUAUCCCUCUCCAGUCACCUCCUGCUACUCCUCUCCAGUUCACACUUCCUACCCAUCUCCUUCCAUUGCCACCACCUAUCCAUCAGUGUCCAUGUCGAACACCUUUCAAUCCCAAGUCGCCUCGUCCUUCCCUUCCUCAGUUGCAUCCAACAUCUACAGCUCUCCGGUCCAAACCCCACUUUCAGACAUGCAGACCACUCUUUCCCCAAGGACAAUCGAGAUCUGCUAAAAAAGAGAAAAACAUUUUUAUAGACUCUCUGCAUCUCUCCUUCCAUUUGUUUUUUUAUUUUAUCUUUAUUUUUUGAGGGAAAAGAAAUCAGCAUCAAAAGGACUUUGUUUUAUUUCCUCCAAAAAGCACUUUUAUGCUCCCUGUGCAGUGUCAGGCGAAUCUUGAGAUUCACCUGAAAGAGACAAAAAGACACAUGUCAAGGACGGGGCAAAGACAAUACAAUAUAAAAAGGGAUUUUUUUUUUCCUGUCUGUAAUACAAAUGCAGCACUUCAAAUGCAUAAGGGACUCGAGAUGUAGAGAGUAGAAAAUGGCACUGGCGGGUCUGUGCUAUUAGGUACACGUAAACCAAGAGACAAACAGAUUGCCAGCAGUUAGUGCUGAAGCACGAUCAUCCUUGCAGGCACUCAGACAAAAGACAUUGAAUGAUAUACAUAAGCUAUCAUAUAUGUAUAUUGUACAUGUGCCAUGUUUUGUUUUUAAAUCAUUCUUUGGUACCACUGAUGUGAACAAUUAUUUGCAUAUUUGCAUUGUAUUAUCUGAAGUGAGCAGGGCCAUAUUUUCUACAUACUUUCUCUAUUAUGUAGUGAUGAUGCUGUGAUUCGUUUUUGACAUUGUUUGAAAAAAAAGCACUUAAGUAUUCAAGCAUGAGUAAGAGUGAUGUUACUUUCUGUUUGUAAAUAUCAUCAACUGGUACUAUCUCUUUCUCUCUUUCUCACAUGUGACAUAUCGCUCGGUUAUAUGGAAAAACAGAGAAAUGAAAAAAACAAAACAAACAAAGAAAAAAAAAAUUGAUAAACCUUAACAAGACAACGCUCCCGUUAUUUGGUGCCUUUUGUGAAGCCUUGCUGAUGUUGUGACUCGGCUGAGCGUGAGAGAGGAUGCACUGCAUCUCGCCUUAAGGUUUGAGGGAAUAUUUUUGUUGCAGAAUGUAAGACGUAUUCAGAGGGAGGAAAAGGGAUGAGUUAUGAGGGCACCGCUUCAUUUUAUCAGAAUGUAAGCAAAAAAAGGAGAGAAAUUAUAAAGUAUAUUUUUGUAAAAAAAACUAAAUAAAAAAAAACAAAAGAAAUAAGAAAUAAGAAAAAGGAAAAGGAAAAAAAGCAACAAUAAAAGUGUAAAUAUCCACAUCUUCAAGAGCUGGAAUGAUGAAGUUACCUACUGAGUAGGCAUGGGAUUCUUUUGUAUGUUAUAUACAUGCAGUUCAUUAUUUUGUGGUUAUCUUUAUUUUGUAUUUGUGUUUGUUAAAAAAAGUGACUGUUCCUGGCUUCUAAACACAUUGAAUGCGCUUAACUGCCAAUAGGAUAUUUGGUGUACAAGAUAUCCUCUCAGAAAUGAAAUAUAAAUAAAAAUAUUACUAUAUAUAUAUAAAAAUACA